CUUUUUAUUUUUGGAAUGCACAUUGUAAGGUUCUGUCUUUGCACUUUUGUAGAGGAUGCUUAUAAAAUCCGCAUUCGGAUUGAUGAUGAACCUGCAAACUUGGACAUAUUGGACACAGCAGGACAGGCAGAAUUCACUGCAAUGCGAGACCAAUAUAUGAGAGCUGGAGAAGGCUUUAUCAUUUGUUAUUCCAUCACUGACCGCCGCAGUUUCCAUGAGGUGCGUGAGUUCAAACAGCUGAUCUACCGCGUGCGUCGGACAGGUGACACUCCUGUAGUAUUGGUUGGGAACAAGUCGGAUCUUUCGCGUUUGCGACAGGUCUCAAAGGAAGAAGGUACCUCUUUGGCACGGGAAUUCAGCUGCCCCUUUUUUGAGACCUCUGCUGCCUUCCGUUAUUACAUAGAUGAUGUUUUUCAUGCAAUAGUACGAGAAAUCCGCAGGAAAGAAAGGGAGGCUGCCCUUGCUAAUGAAAGAAAACUAAAGCCUAGGUCCACCCUGUGGAAGCGACUGAAAUCUCCUUUCAGAAAGAAAAAGGAUUCAGUGACUUGAAAACUUACCUGACCUGGGUUUUCAGAGCCACUGUCCUUUAAUAUAAACUCCUGAGCCCUAUCCAUAUUCAUUUUCCAUCUCUGAGAGCAGUCUGAGCCUUGCAUUUGACACUUCAUAACCAGGGCAGUCUGCGGGCCUAUACUCGCAAUGUACAGAACUUUAUAUUGAAAAAUCUAUGCUGACACUGCACUGGGAUACUUUACUGAGCUGCAUGAUUGUUCUCUGAUCACACUGUAAGUGCCUUUUUUUUCACAGCUCAGGUGUGCAUUAGUGUAAACUCGUAGGAAACUUUACUAACACUGCUGUAUGAGGUGUACAGUGCUUUACAUCCACUAACAGAAACACAUGUUAUAUUCUUCUUAAUACAGGAUUAUUGGAUCUUUCAUGACCUUAAUUUGCUGAACAUCAAGGACAGAGGAGUCUGGCACAUAUUCUAGAUUAUUCCCCACAGACUGAAGAUGUGUGCUUAUUUUAAAAACUUAAGGUGUGCACUCACUGUUAGUGAGUACAAAUAAGUAAAUGCUGGAAAGACACUGUGCUUGUAUGACUCCCUCUCCUAUAAAUCUUAAAAAGUGCCUUUUUUUUAUACACUGAGAAUAAGAUUUUACAUAAUACAGCAAAUUAAAUUUAAGAAGGCAUACAACAGAUUAGUAUGAUGACAAUACACCUUGUAUCUGGUAAUCCAAUAAGAGAACAUACAAAAUGAAAUCCUUAACUCAAACCUGGAAGGUAAGGACUUAUACCUGAAUUGAAUUUGAGACAUUCCCACACUUUUUAUAUAGUUUUUUUUUUCACAUGGAAAUUUGCACAGACUUGUUUUUGUGAUGUGACAUGUAAUAUACUUGUUUGUUUUAACAAAAGUGUUUCUUGUAUUUUUAUGUAAUGCAUAAAAUACACAAUAUAAAAGCUG